CAGCCUGUAACACACAGUGAUUAUAGUAACCAACAACACUUGGCUUCACUAAAAAUUAUAAACAAUCAACACCCCCAUCAGACUUCCACAGAAUUCAUCAUGAAUUAUUUGGAGAAUCGUAGCGAUACAAGAUGGGUUUUGUAUUUAGACAACUCUUCUGAGAAAUUUUAUUCUUCUGAUCUCAACAUACCUACUAAAUAUGAACAAACCAGCAGUGGUACUCUGCGAACCACCUAUGUUCUCAUACUGGAUAACAGAUGCCGCACAGCUGCUAUGUUCAUGAGGAUUACCAUUACUAAGAUCAACAGGGCAGGUGAAGGCUUGAUAGAGACAAAUCAUAAAAUAUGUGGCAUUAUUAGGAACUAA